AUGAUUCUGCUCCGCAACCUGCUUGUCUUGUUGCUGCUGGCCUUCCCGGUCACAUUGCUCGGCAAUGGUAGAGGACCUUUUGCUGCUGCUCAAGAUGCAACAGAAGAUGAAGAAGCCCUUGAUGACUCUGUAGUUGAAGACGAUGAUGACGAGGCUGAAGUAGAAGAAGAUGAAACAACAGAUUUGACAGAAGAAAAAGAGGAAGAAGAAGAUUUGAGUUCUGGUGAACCGAAAGCCUCUCCCAAUGCCGACACCACUAUUUUGUUUGUUAAAGGAGAAGACUUCCCUGCUAAUGACAUUGUGAAGUUCUUGGUAGGCUUCACAAAUAAGGGUACUGAAGACUUCGUUGUUGAAUCACUGGAUGCCUCUUUCCGUUACCCUCAAGAUUACCAGUUUUAUAUACAGAAUUUCACUGCUUUGCCGUUAAACACACUUGUUCCUCCUCAAAGACAAGCUACCUUUGAAUAUUCCUUCAUUCCUGCAGAGCCAAUGGGUGGUCGUCCCUUUGGGCUGGUUAUCAAUUUGAACUAUAAGGAUGCCAAUGGAAAUGCAUUCCAAGAUGCUGUGUUUAAUCAGACUGUCACCAUUAUUGAGAGAGAAGAUGGCCUGGAUGGAGAGACAAUCUUCAUGUACUUGUUCCUUGGUGGCCUUGGCUUACUUGUGAUUGUUGGUCUGCAUCAACUCCUGGAGUCCAGAAAGAGAAAAAGGCCAGCCCAGAAAGUGGAAAUGGGUACAUCGAACCAAAAUGAUGUUGAUAUGAGCUGGAUUCCUCCUGAGACUUUGAGCCAGAUCAUGCAAAGUAGACGAGAUAAAGCUUCCCCAAGGAGAUCUCCACGUAAACGAGCCCAGAAGCGAUCAGCAGGUUCUGAUGAAUGA